UAUAUAAAAAUAAAUCAAAUGAGUAUUUAGGCUGUGAAUUAUGAGGUCGAAGAUAUGGGACGGUAUUUCAAAUCGUAAUAAAUAAUGAAAUCAUUUGUAGAUCAAAGAAGAAGUAUAAGUGGACAUUUAUGUUGGAAGAGAAACAACACAUGUUAGAAUUAGAAUUCUCAUAUCUAAGUGGGAAACGAAGAUUAGUAUUAGAUAAUCGAGUACUUCAUGAAAGCAUGUAAAUUCGAAUCUAUAUUAAUCAGGAUGCUUACUUCUUCAUUUCAGUAUCCCUUUACACUUGAAGGAUUUGCAUUAAAUGUUAUUUAACAAGGUGAUGCAUUUGAAUUGAGAAUUAAUAAUAAAGUGUUCUCACAUCUAUAUACUUAAUGUAAUAUGUGUGUAUCAAACUAUUAGAAAAAACAUAGAAUGAGUUUGUCUAUGAAGAGAAACUCAACACCAAUAAUAAAACAGAUAACUUUUAUUCUGACCCUCCAAAUUUUAAUACUCAAUUUUCCAAUAAUAACUUUUAAAACAAUUCAUAGUACAUUAUUAAAAUCAUUCUUUUAGGAAGAUUAAUUUAAAUAUUAAAUUUGAAAAUCCUAAAGAUGCUAAUCCUAUCUAAUCAAAACCAAUUACUACAUAAUCUAUUAAGUCAUAUUAUUUAUUUUAUACUAGAACAUCAACUACAUUUGGACAACCAGGAGUAUUUGAAGAAUUUGAAUAAUUUGGUUAGGUUUCUAAGACAACUGUUAAUCCAUUUGGAGAUUCAUUCUCUGCUUCUGGAUUUUCAUCAGGUACAACUGCUUAAACUACUUAAUAAUAAAAAAGUAUUAUUUCAAAUUUAUAGAAGUUGAUUUGUUAAAUUUAGAUGAUGAUGUACCAUAAUAAUAAGAAUAAUAAAAAUAAGUUAUGACAUAACAAUUUGAUCCUUUUUUUAAUUAAUAAUAACCAUAAUAAUAAUAACAAUAAUAAUAAUAAUAAUAAUAAUAAUAACCAUAAUAAUAAUAAUAAUAAAAUAUUUAAACAACUUAACAAACAAAUUUAUUUGAUGCUUUUGGUAAUGGUUGGAAUUAAUAAUAGACUUAAUAGACUUAAUAAUAAUAAUAAUAAUAAUAAUAAUAAAAUAUAUUUUAAUAAACAAAUUAAGUUUAAUCGGCAUUUGAGUAAAUAAUUUAUUUAUUUAAUUUUUAGUUCAUUUAAUUAAGUAGGAUAAUAAGGAUAAGUUCCUCCUUAAUAAUAAGGAUUUUAGAAUUAAUAAUCUUUUGGAUAAGGAUUUUAAUAAGUAACACAAUAAUAGUAGAAUUUAAAUAUAUUAAAUCUUUAUGGGAAUCAAUAACCAAUAGUUGGUAAUUUAGCUUAUACAGCAUUUCCUUAAGUUCAAUAAUAUAGUUAGCCAUUGCCUUAAUCAUAGCCUACUCCAUUUGAUCUGUUCAAAUGAGAUAAAUAUUAUUC